AUGUUGCAACAAUCACCCUUGACGAGACCCCAAAUGCCCUUCACAAUGGGGGUAACUUUGUCUAUCAUCGCAGUGACCGGGCUUGCUGGCCAUGCUUUCGGUUCAUGGAAGUCGCGCGGCGAGAAUACAAUGUGGUUGCGAGACUUUCUUCCGGAGCAUGUGCCGACGGCGAGAAUUCUGACCUAUGGUUACGAUUCGACUCUACACCGAAAUCUAUCAAUCUCUGGCAUUGAUGACUUUUCCACCCGAUUGCUGGAGGUUGUAGCGACUUCGAGAUCCCAUGAAGAGGUAUAA